GGCGCGGCAGUGAGGAUGGCACCUAGUUUCAGUAAGCAAAGGUAUGUUAUCAAGAUUAAGGCUGGAAUAUACAAUGAGAGUGUCGAGAUUCCGAGGGAAAAGUCCAACAUCAUGCUGGUUGGGGAUGGGAUGGAUUCCACUAUCACAGGCUGCAAGAACAUCCUUGAUGGUUCCUCGACGUUCAAGUCGGCUACCCUUACUGUGAUUGGAGCCAGGUUCUUAGCAAGAGAUUUGACAGUCAUAAACACGUCAGGUCCAGAGAAACAGCAGGCAGUUGCAGUUCGAGUAACCUCAGACUCUGCAUUUUACAAAUGCAACUUCGCUUCGUUCCAGGAUACCCUUUACGUUCACUCGCUUCGUCAAUUCUACCGUGAAUGCACUAUCCAAGGAACUGUUGAUUUCAUCUUUGGAAAUGCUGCUGCGAUAUUUCAGAACUGCCUUAUCCUUGUGCGCAAACCUAUUGCAGGACAAAAAAACAUGAUAACAGCUCAAGGAAGAGAAGACCCAAAUCAGAACACUGGAAUUUCGUUGCAAAAUUGCACCAUUGAAGCUGCACCUGAUCUGAUUAGAGCUGGAAGAAGUUCUUACACGUUCUUAGGUCGGCCAUGGAGAAAUCACUCGAGAACGAUAGUGAUGAAAAGUUACUUGGGAGACCUCAUUCAUCCUGCAGGGUGGUAUGAAUGGAAUCAGUACAGUACGCUGGACACAGUCGAAUAUAUCGAGUACAUGAAUGUUGGUCCAGGUUCUGAUACAAGACAUAGGGUGACAUGGGGCGGUUACAAAAGGAAUUGCACUGAAUAUUUAGUGGAACAGUUUACAGUAGGGAAAUUCUUACAUGGUGCUGAUAAUUGGCUCCAGUCUACUGGUUUUCCUUUAUCAGUUGGUUCAUAA